GAAAAAGAUAGCAACUCCAAGCAUAAGUGGUUGCUCGCGACACUGCUUCAGUCCUUCACGAUCCCAGUCUCCAAAGGCCUCCAGGACCUUGGAAUUCUUGUUAUCUUCAUUUAGGAGCCUACAGGACAUAACGAGGCCCUUGAGGUCCCCCUGAGACCUACCUGAGCAUGACCCGGGAUGAGGCCCUCCCUGACUCCCAUUCUGCACAGACCUUCUAUGAGAACUAUGAGCCCAAGGAGAUCUUGGGCAGGGGAGUCAGCAGUGUGGUCAGGCGCUGUAUCCACAAACCUACCUGCCAGGAAUAUGCAGUCAAAAUCAUCGACAUCACAGGCGGAGGCAGCUUCAGCUCCAAGGAGAUACAGGAGCUUCGGGAAGCCACACUGAAGGAGGUGGACAUCCUGCAGAAGGUCUCUGGACACCCCAACAUCAUACAGCUGAAGGACACUUACGAGACCAACACUUUCUUCUUCUUGGUAUUUGAUCUGAUGAAGAGAGGGGAACUCUUUGACUACCUCACUGAGAAGGUCACCUUGACUGAGAAGGAAACCAGAAAGAUCAUGCGAGCCCUGCUGGAGGUGAUUUGCACCCUGCACAAACUCAACAUUGUCCACCGGGACCUGAAGCCGGAGAACAUCCUUCUAGAUGAUGACAUGAACAUCAAGCUCACAGACUUCGGGUUUUCCUGCCAGCUGCAGCCAGGAGAGAGGCUCCGAGAGGUCUGCGGGACCCCCAUUUAUCUGGCCCCUGAAAUCAUCCAGUGCUCCAUGGACGACAGCCAUCCUGGCUAUGGGAAGGAGGUGGACAUGUGGAGCACUGGCGUCAUCAUGUACACGCUCCUGGCUGGCUCCCCACCCUUCUGGCACCGGAAGCAGAUGCUGAUGUUGAGGAUGAUCGUGGAUGGCAAAUACCAGUUUGGCUCACCCGAAUGGGAUGACUACUCAGAUACAGUGAAAGACUUGGUGUCUCGCUUCUUGGUGGUGAAACCCCAGGACCGCUGCUCAGCAGAAGAGGCUUUGGCGCACCCGUUCUUCCAGCAGUACGUGGUGGAGGAAGUGCGGCACUUCAGUCCCCGAGGGAAGUUCAAGGUGAUCUGCCUAACUGUGCUGGCCUCGGUAAAGAUCUACUACCAGUACCGUCGGUUGAAGCCCAUAACCAGGGAGAUUGUCAUCCGCGACCCCUACGCCCUGAAGCCUCUCCGUAAGCUCAUCGACGCCUACGCUUUCCGAAUCUACGGUCACUGGGUGAAGAAAGGGCAGCAGCAGAAUAGAGCCGCCCUCUUCGAGAACACACCCAAGGCAGUGCUCCUCUCCUUGGCCGAGGAGGAGGACUUCUGAGGGGUAGUAGGACAUCUCAGAACUGUGGAGUCCCCAAAGAGUUCUCUGAGUCAUUGCAGGUGGCCCUACUCUGUGCACCCCACUAAAAGCACAGGGUGUUCCCAUUAAAGAGCAGUAAUUAUAGCUAGGGCUGGGUGUGGUGGCCUGUGCCUGUUGUCCUGAGGCAAUAGGAUCCCAGGUUCCAGGACAGCCUAGUGAUGGUUGCUUCAAAAUAAAAACAGGGCUGGGAAUGUAACUCUGUGGUGAAUGUAAGGCCCCAAGUUCAACCCCUGGUAUGACAAAAGUAGAUAGAUGGAUGGAUGGAUAGAUAGAUAGAAGACAGACAGAUAGAUUAAUAGAUAGGUGAUAGAUAGAUGAUAGAUUGAUAAUAGAUCGAUCCAAUGCAGCAGAGGCCAUGCCAGGCAGGAGUGGGAGGGCAGAGAGCACAUGUGCUUUGGGAGCUAGAGGCCUCCUGGCUUCUCUACUGUGCACCUUCACCAUGGUCUUGGGUUCUUUCUCCUUUUUUAGACUUCUGUAUUUUGUGUGUGCUUCAUCCAGCUGUUUAUUAUGUGCACCCCCUAUCUGCAGUACCUGUGGAGGUCAGAAGAGGGUAUCAGAUGCCCUGAAACUGAAGUUUGGGAUAGUUGGGAACCACCAUGUGAGUGGUAGGAACUGAACCUCUCUUCUGCAAGCACAACUUCUCUUAAAUGCUAAGCCAUCUCUCCAGCUCCUGUCUCAGUUUCUUUAGGGGCCCAAGGUUACUGAUAAUUGAGGAAGUGGAGGCAGGAUGAUCAGGAGGAGCUCAAGGCCAUUCUUGGCUACACAAGGAGUUUGAGGCCAGCCUGCACUACAUGAGACCCUAUCUAUCUCAAACAAUUUUAAAAAGUGGACUUCACUGGGCAGUGGUGGCGCACACCUUUGAUCCAAGAACUCGGGAGGCCAGAGUCAGGCAAAUCUCUUUGAGUUCAAGGCCAGCCUGGUCUACAGAGUGAGUUCCAGGACAGGCUCCAAAGCUUCAGAGAAACCCUAUCUCGAAAAACCAAAAAAAAAA